AUGGAGCAGUACACAGCGUACGCUCACCACGGCACCGGCCACGCGUACGCCCACCCAGCACCUCAACCGAGCUCGGCGUUUGCCGCCUCCCGCACUCCGAGCAGCAGCACCACCACCACCACCCCGCUCGCCUCGUCCAAGCCGCGCAUCCCGGCCUUUGCGCCCGCCGCUCCAUCCCAGUCGUCCCCAGCAGCGCACGCCCUCGCCCUCCCACCUCCCUCGGUCCUCGCCGCCUUCCCUCCCCCGUCCUACACCGCCUCGACCUCGUCCUCGGCAUCGCUCUCGUCGGCCCCUCAGCCCUCCCUGUCCGACAGCGGCGCCCUCCCGACCACCAGCCGCCGCAUCCCGGCGUUCAACGCCCCCGCGGCCUCGACGUCAGCUUCCUCGGCGCCUGGGCGGGCUCCGGGCCUUCCGCCACCACCACCGCGGUCGGGCCCCCUCCCGUCCUUCGGCACCCUCCUGUCGCCCCAGCACCACGACGCCGACCUCGCGCACUUGCCCAACCCGCCGUCCCUGUCGGCUGCCGCGACCGCGGUCGUCCCGCGCCGCAGGUCGUCGGCCGAGGACGACUACUCGGACGCCGCCGAGGCCCUCUCGUCCCUGUGCCGCGUCCAGCACGACACACGCCCCUCGUUCUCGCCGUCGCCGUCGCCUCUUCCGCCUCCAUCGUCCUUGGCCGCCGACGGGCGCCAGGCGGCUGCGCCACCCAGCUCGCAGCAAGGCGGCGUCGAGCGCGCUCGGCUCGCGAGCCACGCGAGCGACGAGGCGUUGCAGGGCCCGGCACCCUCGGCCGCGAGCCCGCCAGAGUCGAGCGCGAGCCCGAACGGCGGGACCGGCGACGGCGUGGACGGCGACGGGACGGACGAGGGUGGGAGGGGUCCGAGAGGCGCCAAGAAGGAGCUCAAGCAGACGAAACGAGCGGCGCAGAACCGUGCGGCGCAGCGAGCGUUUCGCGAGCGCAAGCAGCAGCAGAUCAAGGACCUCGAAACGCGCGCGUCCGAGAUCCCGCUCCUCCACUCGCAGCUGCAGCACCUCUCUGCGCGCGUCGCCCACUUUGAGGCCGAGAAGCGUGCGUGGGACCGCGAGCGCGAGGCGAUGCGCGGCGAGCUUCACGCGCUGAGAAGGGUCGUCAGUGCCGGCGAUGACGAGCGGCGCUGGGGAGCGGGGGCGGGAGCGGGAGGGAGCGAGGUCGAGGCGCGCGGCGACGACGAGAGGGCGCCGAAGAGGAGCAAAAUGGACGAGGGCGGUGAGCAGGACGGGGCGUGACGCUCGUCACGUAGCCGAGGGGAGCUCGUCGUCGUCGCCGUCGUCGCUGUGCCGUAUUCUGUUGUUGUUUGCCCUCAAUCGCUCUCGAUUUGCU